AUGCCUGGAAAGGAAUUACUAGACCCCUGUCUGGAUUGUCGCGAGGUCGAGUCCACUUUGACCCUCCGCAAACGUCGAGUAUGCAUAGACUGCUAUAAGCGAUUUGUCGGCUACAAAUUGUUUCGGCGCACGGAGAAAUAUCGUCUGCGAAGAGAUCUGCCAAAAGAUGGAGAAUACAAAAUUCUGGUUCCCCUCUCCUAUGGCCUCUCUUCGUCGGUGCUGCUGCAUAUGCUACACGACCAGCUUCGGGUUCAGCGCUCCAAAACCCACCCUCCACCAGGAUUCGAUAUCCAUGUGCUCAUUAUAGACCCGUCGACUAUCUCCCCCUCGCAACCGGCGCAUGAGGAGGGAUUUGAGCUGGCGAAAAAGCUCUUCCCGCUGUGCACCUUUACCCGGAUUCCUUUCCACGAAAUAUUCGACCAUGUCCCUGACAUCCAGCAGACGAUGGCGGAGUUUGCUGGCCCGAAAUUCACUGACAACCCCUCUCUGUCGCAUCAGGAGCGCCUGGAUGCGUUCCGCCGCUCGAUUGAAUCCGCCACAUCGAAGGCUGACGUGGACGGUGCCCUGAUGACCAGACUCAUUGUCGCUGUCGCAAAGGAAGUUGGCUCGAAGACGAUUCUGUGGGGUGAUUCGGAUACCACACUUGCUGCGAAGACUCUCGCCAACGUUGCCAAGGGACGUGGCUCCUCGUUGACUUGGCAGGUAUCGGACGGCAUGUCUCCAUUUGGCUUGGAAUUCAACUUUGCUUUGCGCGACCUGUUCACGGCCGAACUGCGCAACUACGCCAGUUUCUUCCCAGAGCUGGCCCGCAUGAUCCUACCGGAUGAGCCGCCCUCCGAAACCGCACUUACCAAAAACCUGUCUAUUGAUCAGCUGAUGAUGCGCUACGUUCAAACCCAGGGUGAAAAAUAUCCCGGUGUGAUGUUGAAUGUGACCAGAACGGCAAACAAACUUCAAUCUUCCCAAGGACCCGCACCAACAUCUCAGUGCACCUUCUGCGGAAGUUCCAAAUGGGAGGCAGGAGACAGACCUACUGUCGAGGGUGAAACCCCCGAGUUUUGUUACGCCUGUGCUCGGUCUCGUCCGGAUCUGAGCUGCUAA